UUCACCUCGCCUGAAUCCGGCGAACCCAAGGCCAAAAACCCACCUAAAACCUCUCCUCCGGCGUCCGGUUUCCUCCCCCGCCGCCCCAGCACCGGCGAUUCCGGCUGCGUCGACCAUGCGCGGCCGUCUCGACCUCCUCCCGCGCCUACUAUUCCGCCGCCACGCCCACCGGCGCUCCAAGCCCUCGUCCCCACCGCCCCCUCCCCCUCACCCCAACCCCCCGCGCCCGCCGCAGAAGCCGGACCCCGUCUCCAUCCACGGGGAGACGUGGCACGACAACUACGCCUGGAUGGGCGCGCUCUCCGACGCCGCCGCCAUGCGCCACAUGGACGUCCACAUGGAGGCCGAGGAGAAGUACGCCGAGGCCUGCCUCGCCGCCUGCGGCGCCGACCGCCUCGCCCGGAAGAUCCAGCUCGAGAUGGCCUCCCGCCUCGCCUCGGACGCCUGCACCCCGCCCGUCCGCUGGGGCCCCUGGCUCUACUACCGACGCACGGACGAGGGCAAGCAGUACCCCGUGCUCUGCCGCCGCUCCGCUGCGCUCCACAGCGAGUUUGUCUCGUACAGUGACCCCUCCGCGGGGUUCGACUUCACGGCUGGGAAGCGCAUCGAGCAGAAAUUGGUGGACUACAAUAAGGAGGCCGAGCGGUUCGGAGGAUACUCAUAUGAGGAGCUGUCUGAAGUAUCUCCAGAUCACAGGUUCAUUGCAUACACAAUGUAUGACAAAGAUAAGGACUCCUUCACCUUGAUGGUCAGGGACCUAGUAACAGGGACACUUUGUGAUAAGCCUCGUGCUGAUCGGGUAUCAAAUAUUUCAUGGGCUAUGGACGGGAAAGCAUUGGUUUAUAUUGUUACAAAUGAGGAAAGAAGGCCGCAUCGAUUAUUUUGCAGCAUGAUUGGAUCCAACAAGGAUGACAUUCUCAUUUUGGAAGAACCUGAUGAGAAUAUUUUUCUAAAUAUCAGGCAUACUAAGGAUUUUCGUUAUAUAACGUUAAAUGUAUUUUCGGACAUUCACUCAAAGGUGUAUUUAAUAAAAGCUUCCGAUCCCUUGUCCCAAAUGAAACUUGUAUGGGAAGGGGAAUCCCAAGUUCAUUGCAUUGUUGAACAUCAUCGCGGAUGUCUUUAUUUAUUUACAGAUGCUGCAAGAGAAGGUGUCCCUGUUGAUUCACAUUAUCUAAUGCAGUCUGAUGUGGAAUCUUCUGGGCCUAAGAGUUGGAAGAAUGUUUUUAUCGAGGAACCUGGUGUCAUUCUUGAAGAUGUUGAUUUUUGUGAUACUCAUAUGGUGCUCACGUUGAGACAAGGCAGAAAACUUAGACUCUGUGCAGUUAAUUUGCCUCUAACUGAGGGCAUCAAUGUACCUGCUCAUCUAUCUGAUUUCCACCCAUUUGACCUGCCUCUUCCCAGUGAUGUGUGUCAGAUUGUAUCUGGGCCGAAUUAUGAUUAUUGUUCCUCAACAAUGCGUUUCACAAUAUCAUCACCUGUGAUGCCUGAUGCUGUUGUUGACUACAACUUACUGAACGGAAAGUGGCAGAUAGUACAACAACAAAACAUGCUUCAUGAGCGAACAAAAGCACUAUAUGGUACUGCUUUUGCUGCAAAUAUGGGCAGGCUAUCCUCAGAUAGAGCUGAUUUUUCAAGUGAAGAUUCUGAAGAUUGUGCUUGGAAUGAGCUCUCUGAAUACUAUGCUUGUGAAUACUACGAUGUUCCAUCAAAGGAUGGUGUUUCGGUUCCCCUUACUUUAGUAUAUUCACAGAAGCAUAAGCAAGACGGAAAUCCAGGAUUACUUCAUGGACAUGGUGCUUAUGGUGAGAUUCUGGAUAAACGUUGGCGCAGUGAGUUAAAGAGCUUACUGGAUCGUGGUUGGGUGAUUGCAUAUGCUGAUGUUAGGGGUGGUGGAGGUUAUGGUAAGAAGUGGCACCAAGAAGGUUCACGUACCAAAAAAAUGAAUUCUGUGUCUGAUUUUGUUUCUUGUGGAGAGUUUCUUCUUGACAAGGGCAUCAUACAAGAAAAUAAGCUUGCUGGAUGGGGAUAUAGUGCUGGAGGACUUCUAGUGGCUUCAGCAAUUAAUACUCGUCCAGAUUUGUUUCGUGCUGCUGUUUUGAAGGUCCCUUUCUUGGAUGUUUGCAACACCCUUCUCCAUCCUAUUCUACCUCUUACAGCCAUUGAUUAUGAAGAGUUUGGGUUCCCUGUGGACCAUGAAGAGUUCCUUGCAAUCAGAAAGUAUUCUCCUUAUGAUAACAUUCAGAGGGAUGUUCCUUAUCCAGCUGUGUUUGUGACAUCAUCAUUUAAUACAAGGUUUGGUGUAUGGGAAGCAGCUAAAUGGGUUGCAAAAGUCCGUGAAAUUACUCAAUAUGAUCCAGAGAGGCCUGUGAUUCUCAACUUGACUACAGAUGUUGUAGAAGAAAGCAAGUAUUUGCAGACUAAGGAAUUGGCGUUGGAAACUGCUUUCUUAAUCAAGAUGGUAAACAAUGUGUGAACAGCAAGUUUAAUCUUUUGGAAUUAAAAACCUGUUGCUCAAAGAUGCGAAGCUGAGGCUGACAGGUUCUGAUAUCAAUCCUCUCCAUGCAACACGAUCUGAAGUAUCAAUCCACUAACUGGAGCUUUUAUGAGAUCUGUGAUCUACUUGUCUCAAGGGGCAUGCUGAUGCUCGACAAGGGCAUAAAACAUACAAUAUACCUGCUGCUAAGUGUUCCCACCUUUAAUCUAUAAAAUCAAAAUGCUGUGGGGAACUCCCCCACAGUUUACCUUCAAAAAAAAAAGUGUUGACAUGCCCUCCCUGAUGCUGAAAUUUGCAUUUGGUAUGCUGCUACAAUGGACGUGUCUCAACUCAUGGUUUAUUAGCUAUCAUCAAAUCAAGUUUUGCUAUCUUCAUUAUUUCAACAUUGAAUUGACACUGAUUGCUGCAUAAGUUAAUAGUACCUUACCAAUCUCAUAUCGUUAUGGAGGCUAGGUGGAGUAAAAUUUGACUCAGACAAAGCACUGCAGAAUGUAACACUGCAGUUAGGGCCAUGUGCACUAUGGCAGAGGCAGACAAAGCAGAACAUAUGUCAUAGCGGCAGCUACAAUUUCGUCCUGAAACUCAUGACAGCUUAUGAAUAGCCAUAGGAGGGCACAAAAGUGGACAUAGCCAACUUGUUGCUAUGAAAUGCUCGGGUUGAUUAUAGGAGCAUGUGCAACCUGAUGCUUGAUAGGGGACAUCUGGAAACCACAAGCUGCAAAUAUAUCGCAGGCGUGUCAGCACAAUAUAUUGAGGCUUGGUUGGAGUGCAUUUAUCUGUCGAAAGUGGACCUGCUGUACAAAUAUGUUCCUCUAAUUUUCAUCUCUAAAUUUAAGUUUGCACGGGUGAUCUCA